ACGGCGCCUAGCUAGGGGAAUCCCCUCCAUUGCUGGUAAUUGCAUCAGACUGGAAGCUUUGGUAACUUUUGUAUGUUAUUGCUUGCCCUGGUUGAUUGUUUCUUCUAAUGCCUGACAGCUGACAUCCUUCUUCUGUUCCCCCUUCUUGUUCAGUUUCCAUAAGAAGCCUCCUGGGCUCUGCUUCAUUCUGAACAAAUUAAAAUCGCUGACAUAUGUAGGCCUCGAUAAAUCAUCCAAUCUGUACCAUUUAUACGGAGAGCACUCGAUUGGCAUUUUGGCUAGAUUAAUGGGCGGGGUUGUGACAUGCAAACCUGCUGCAUCGGAGAGCUUCUCUAAGCACGUCAGUGGGCAGAUAUUCCGAGUCAAUGCCCUCCUUGUGGUGAACGCCUUCCUGAUGGGAGUCAUGGUUGGCAUAGGUGCAUACGGUCAUCGCUAUCGCCACCAUCCAUUAACCCGCUACAUCUUCUUGGGUGCCACUGCAUUGUUCAUUCCCAUAAUCUCCUAUGUCCUAUCUGCCAUUGGUAAUCAGAAUGGCAUUAUCCUUUUUGCCGGAGAAAUCAUAAUAGGCCAGUGCGAUCCAAGUAGACACAUGAACCUAGUCUUAUUAUGGACUGGCCUUGUUCAAAUGGUUGGUAUCAGCACCACUUUGGUAUUGGUCAGUGAUCCUAGAGAAGGGCGAAACAUUGGCCCAUCUGGGGUACUACUUGUGCAGGCAAUGUGGACUUCCUACCUUAUGAUCUAUAACAUAGGAUUGAAUUAUGAAGUAUUAUCCUAUAAUAAUACUCGUAGCUACCUCAAGUGGUCUCUGGUAUAUGCAUUUUCUCUAGAAGGAUUGAUGGUUAUCCCACCAUUUGCUCUCACAUUUGCAAAGCUACUUUUCAAGUGUUCUGCAUGGUACAAGGCCAGAAAAUCAUUAGCAAUUGGAUGCAAUCCUCGUCUUAUUGUUGGAUACAUGGAGCAGCUACAAGAUAAUUAUCAGGACAUGCCUCCUCCACUAAUAGUUAUGGGCGAAGACACAUUAUCUGUGGAUAAGCAGCCUCAUGGUUAUAGCUUCGCACUGAUGCCCAAUACAUGCGGCUUAGUGACCCUUGACAAAGUUUGGCAGCUGGAUGACCUGCGUGAUCUCAAUUUGACGUCACCGCUCAAAGAUAUAUGCCUCUCAUUUGCACUGUCCAAGCUUUUAAGGUGUCGGUUCGCCAGGUACACAAAUGCUGAGAUUGGCUUCACCAAAGCUUCUAACUUUUUACGGCAUAUGUUACUUGAGGACAGCGAUGAUGAGAGGUUACUUCGACUGGUUGAAUCUGAGCUUUCUUUUCUUCAUGAUUUUUAUUAUUCAUCCCUGGCAAUCACAUAUUCGAAGAGCUGGAUGCCCAUACUGAGCAUAUUAAUUUCACUCUCAGGCAUUGGUUCUUGCUUAGUUUUGGUAUAUCUUCAGUUUGCUUAUGGGAAUAACACAUCAACGCUGAUAUAUUGCAUCUAUCAAUGCCUUUAUCGGACUGGAGAACUGCGAGGCAGAGGCAGUACAGUCGUAGCAGACGGUCAGCACUUUGGAAAUGCAACAUUUGACCUUGUACAGGUGGCUGUACUUAUUGCACUGGUUGUCCUUGCUGAGAUAAGAGAGAUUGCUUCUUACAUUUGCUCUAACUGGACAAAAGUGGCCCUAAUUUGCCGCCACAUAAACCAUCCUUCUUUGCAGAAAUCUCCUAUCAUCCAGAAAUGUAUUAGGCAUGUUUUGCAGCGUAGAUGCAAGAUAUUAAAGCAUUGGGAGGACAAGAUGAACCAAUGUUCAAUACUGGUGCUCCACCCAAGGACGACUCCGAUCGGGCUGCUUCGUCGUCUUAAACCUGGUCAGAAGGUCAAGGUGCCAAGAGAGGUGAAGGCUGCUAUCCUGAAUGCACUGAGAAGCUACAAGAGAAGCCGAGACAAUAACCACAUGCCAUCUUUGUGCACAAGGCCGCAGUUGAAGACCGGUGACAACCUCCUUUGGGUGGUCGAUGGCACAAAAGGUAUAGCCAGUACCAUUCUUGUGUGCCACAUCGCCACAAGCAUUCUUGAACUCAGGUCAGCUGGAUCAUGUCAACCUCCCUCUGACCAUAAGACCGCUGCCAUUCACCUGUCCCGGUACUGCGCCUACUUGGUGGCCAACUCUCCUGAGCUGCUUCCAGAAGACGACGAGUGGUGCAAGAGCUUGUACAAGACCGUGAAGAAGAAGGCCGAGCACAUCCUCGCCGGCAUGUCAACACCUGAAGUGGAGUAUCAACAGCUGGUGGAGCUGAUGAGCGCCUCUCAGAAUCAUGAGGUGCUCAAGGAUGGUGCCAAGCUCGGACAAGAGUUGGUAGAGCUGAACCAAGGAGAGACCAACAUGGCAUGGGAGCUCCUCGCCAGCUUUUGGCCAGAGAUGAUGCUGUACAUCGCUCCCUCAGAAAACAUUGACGGUCACUCCGAGGCCAUUGCCCGCGGUGGCGAGAUUAUAACGCUCAUAUGGGCAUUGCUCGCACACCUGGUGAUUUUCAGUAGAGCCGGCGACCCAGCCAGCAUCGCCGUUGAAGUUGUGUAGGUGUGUGUUCGGUUUUUUUGUGAUCCAUUCGUGUAUCUUCCCACUUUCCUGAUUUUGAUUUAUGAUGUAU